UCCGGUAGAAUUACUAGAGGAUCCACCUCUUCACGAAAAGCCCAAAAAAAUUCCAACGAAGGCACUUCCAACGAAAGUGCUGGAGGAGUACUGUCAUCUGAUCAGUUGGUGCUAUCUGCUUUAGCAGAUCUCGAGAAGCUACAACAGGGAAUGACAACUCAGUCUAGUUCCAAAAGGCAAGAAGCAGGGGAGCAAUUCGAAUUCCGUUCUUCUUUAGUGCCCAAUAGAAAUAGUAGUGCUAGCGAUAGCGCUAGUAUAAUUGGCGGUGCUGCUCAACAUUUGAACUUCGUCUAUUCGCCACUGGAUAGUGAUCACGGUAUGAGUGGCAACUACGCCUACGCCAACGCUGGACAAGGACGACGAGGACCACUUUGUUCUCUUUCUGGCCCUUUGACGCGGAAUCAGAACCAGAAGAGUCGGG